GCAACUUUUACCAGUAAUUUUACAAAUGAUAACUCCGACCUUAGAUCUAGUAAUUACAUAAGUAACUCAUAAAACUAAAGGGGCAUUCCUGUAAAAUUUCAAGCAGUGUAUUUUUUUAAAAUUUCAUAAAAAUUCGUUCGUGCGUGCAUAUAUCGUUUUACAAGAAGAGCGCAUGGUUCCGGUGAAAUAAUUGCUGCAAAAAUUAAUUUUUCAAAGUAUAUAAAGUUAUAGCGGCAAUUAUUCAGCACAUCAGUUACUUCUCAGCUUGGUUUGCUAACUGAGGUUUAUGUUUAGCACCAUGGGGGGCUGGAAUACUGUGAUUAUGUUCUUCGCAUCUACAACCCUAGUGAUAGCUUACAGAGUGGACUACACCCAAACCCAACCAAUCUACCAGCUGACUCCAUCUAACUUGAAUACAAUUCCUUUACCAUCACAACCCUACGUAGAUCUUGUAGGAACCGACUCCCAAACUCAACCGUUAUUUCAAAAUAUUUUUUGGGUACCACCAAUCACUAUCGACGAUACCAAUCAAGAACACAGCACAGUAGCUGAAGAAACUAAUCCCAACCAACCACAAGCUUCUGUAGAAUCCCAAGAAAGUAAUGCAGUCGAGGAUAAUAAUGCAGCAGAAAGAGCAGUGGAAAAACAAGCAGAAGACUUAGUCGAAAAUCAAUACAAUAAUAACAGAAACAGACGAUAUAAUGUGGAUGAAGCUAAUAAUAAUGACACUGAAGAUUACCAUAAAGGCGAAGGUAGCGACUACUACCUACACUACCAAGACGAAAAAGAGCAAAAAAAGCAAAAAGAAAUCCACUAUCACCAACACAAGCAUUUGCACGAGCACGAGCACGAGCAAGACCACAAACAUCAACAUCUAAACGAGCACAAAGCCCAACAUCAACACGAACACAAAAUUCAAGCCCAACAUCAACACAAACACGAAGCCAAGCAUAUGCACGAGCACAAACAGCAGCAUAAGCACAAAGUUUUGGCCGAGCAUAAGCACGAACAUCAGCAACAGCAUAAGCACCAGCACAAAAACGAGCACAGGCACGAGGAGAAGCAUUUACAAAAGCACGAUCAUUGGGAUCAGCAUAAGCACCAGCAUAAAGAGGAAGCUAAACAUUGGCACGAACAGAAGCAUAAGAAUGAGCAUAAGCACAAGCACGAACAUAAAGUGGAGGCUAAGCAUAAGCAUAAUCAUUGGAACGAGCAUAAACAUUGGGAGGAGCAUGAUGAAGAUCACAAACACGAGCACGAGCAUAAAAAGAAGUAUUAUUAUAAGAGGCAAGUGAAUAAGGGGCAGCAAAAAAUUAAGAUUUUGGUUAAAAAGCAUAGUUAAUUGUUUUGCUGUUAAUUUUGUUGUUUAUAUUGGUGUUUUAAUAAAAAAAAUAUUGAUUUUAUCACUUUUUGGUAGACGUAUUUUUCGGUAUUUUACUGUUGAGAGUAAAAGUUUGG